AUGUUCGGUCGCCUGGGCACAUUUAUGCUGUUUUGUGCAUUCGUGCUACUUUUGAUCGCAUCUCUCUCCGCACCGAUUAUUAAUGGCCUUGGAUUCCUCGAUGUCCACGUUGGAUCCGCCUCCUACCACUUUGGCGCCUGGGGCUAUUGCCAGACGAGUGGUGGUCACUCGUGCACCAGCUCGGGGCUGGGUUACAACCUAGGCAGCAUUAUCGGGCAGCUGUCCAACGAAAGCGACUUGUCCAAGAAUACCUACACGGCAUUGACAAAGGCCAACGUCCUCGUCCCCGUUGCCUGUGUUCUUGCUUUCAUUGCGUUCCUCAUCGCACUCUGCAGCCGCAAAAUUGGUUACCUGCUGGCCUCUGUCAUGUCCGUCCUUGCCUUUGUUGUCUCACUCGUCAUCAUGGUCGUCAACUUUUCCACGUACGGUGCCGCCAAGAACGAUGUCAACGGAAACAACAACAACGUCAGCGCCAGCUACGGUGCAGCCAUGUGGAUCCUCCUCGCUGCCACCAUCCUGCUCUUGUUGGCCAGCUUCACCACUCUCUUCGAGUGCUGCUGUGGCCGCAGGAGGAAGCAACGCGACCACGACGCCGCGGUCACUGCGGCCGCUGUGGGCACCACGGGCGCUGCAGCAACUGCGGGCAGUACCUCCCGCUGGGGCCGCAAGCGUAAGAACAAGGCCGCCGUCAACGACAUGAGUACUGUUCGCUCGAACGACGGUCUCGUCACUGGCACCAAGGACGGUUAUGGCCACACCAACGAUGAGCUUCUCCACAACGACCCGGCCCUUGGUGACCCCGCCCUCAACACGACAACGGGCGGCGGCCACUUCUGGAACAAGGAGAAGACCACCGCUGUUGUCUAA